GAGAUUUCUUCUCAGAAUACAGCAGAAUGACGGAAGCCCAGGAUGAGUUCAAAAACAUCCAGCGAAAACCUGGUCUGCAGAUCUGGACCAUCAGUAAAAUGAAAAUGGUCCCUGUCCCAGAGCAAGCAUAUGGAAAUUUUUUUGAAGGUGACUGCUACAUUAUUCUUAAUGUGAGCAACAGCGCCACACAAUCCACUGACAUCCACUACUGGAUAGGCAACGCAUCCUCUCAGGACGAGCAGGGAGCGGCAGCCGUCUAUGUGACCCAACUGGAUGGGUGUCUCGGCGGCAGUCCGGUUCAAUACCGGGAGGUCCAGGGAUGUGAAUCAGCUAAAUUCAAAAGCUACUUCAAGAAUGGCCUCAUAUAUAAAAAAGGAGGUGUGGGAUCAGGAUUCACACAUGUGGAGGCAAAUGUGUACAACAUUCAGCGCCUGCUCCACGUCAAAGGAACCAAACAUGUGACUGCAAGAGAGGUGGAGGUUUCCUGGAGCAGUUUUAAUCUAGGGGACAUAUUCCUGCUGGAUUUGGGAAAAGUAAUAAUACAAUGGAAUGGUCCUCAAAGCAACAGACAAGAAAAAUUAAAGGCCGUUCUGCUUGCUCAGGACAUCAGGGACCGGGAGCGUGGAGGCCGGGCUCAGAUUGCUGUAAUUGAGGGUGGGCAGGAGGAAGCCUUUCCUGAGCUGAUGAAGAUCAUGAUAUCUGUUUUAGGUCAGAGGACUGGACACCUGAAAGAGCCAAUCUCUGAUGAUAAACCAGACCAAAACCAGAUCUCCGACGUCAAACUGUACCAUGUGUCUGAUGCCAGUGGUCAGCUGUUGGUACAGGAAGUGGCUACCAGUCCACUGACCCAGGAUUUGCUGAGUUCCACUGAUUGCUAUAUUUUAGAUCAAGGUGGCAGCUCAGUAAUGGUCUGGAAAGGAAAAGCAGCAUCAGAUGAAGAGAGACACUCAGCACUGAGUCGGGCGGUUGGCUUUAUAAAAGCGAAGAACUAUCCAUCCAACACGAAAGUGGAGGUUAUGAGUGAAGGAGGUGAAUCUGCCAUGUUUAAACAUUUCUUCAAGUCCUGGAAAGAAAAAGGUCAAGCUCAAGGACUGGGAAAGACGCACUCAGUAGGAAAGAUAGCUAAAGUGGAUCAGGUGAAGUUUGACGUCAUGGAGCUUCACGCUCAACCAAAGCUGGCUGCACAGGAGCGGAUGGUGGACGACGCCUCAGGACAUGUUCAGGUUUGGCGCAUUGAGAAUCUUGAACUGAAGGAGGUAAACCCAAGCACAUAUGGACAUUUCUAUGGAGGAGACUGUUAUCUAGUGUUGUACACCUACAACAGAGCCAACAAACCACAGUACAUCCUCUACAUGUGGCAGGGUCGCCACGCUACACAGGAUGAGGUGACGGCAUGUGCUUAUCAGGCGGUGAAUUUGGAUAACAAAUACAAUGGAGCCCCAACACAGGUCAGAGUGGUCAUGGGAAAAGAGCCCAGACACUUCCUGGCCAUCUUUAAGGGCAGACUCAUCAUUUUUGAGGGUGGGACCGGUAGACCGGGUGUUGUGAACCCUGAUCCUGGUGCCAGACUCUUCCAGGUCAGAGGGACACAUGAGAUGAACACCAAAGCAACAGAGUUGCCCGCCCGAGCCGCCUCUCUCAACACCAAUGACGUCUUUCUGCUCAAAACUCAUCAGAAUGUCUUCCUGUGGUAUGGCAAGGGCUGCAGUGGAGACGAGAGGGAGAUGGGAAAAGCCGUAGCUGAUUUGCUUUCUGAGCUGGACAAGCAGAUUGUGAUGGAAGGACAGGAACCAGCUGCCUUCUGGGUGGCUUUGGGAGGGAAAGCUCCAUACGCCAGUGACAAGAGACUGGAGAAAGAAGUGGCACUUCACGAACCUCGUCUGUUUGAAUGCUCCAAUCAGACGGGCCGAUUCCUUAUGACAGAAGUGGCUGACUUCACUCAGGAUGACCUGGACGAGGAUGAUGUCAUGCUUCUAGACACCUGGGAGGAGAUUUUCCUUUGGAUUGGCAACUCAGCCAACCAGUAUGAGACUCAGGAGUCCUAUAGCGGUGCAGUGGACUAUCUUAAAACCCACCCAGCCGGACGGGACCCUGGGACACCCAUCACCACUGUUAAACAAGGCUAUGAGCCGCCCACCUUCACCGGCUGGUUUAAUGCUUGGGAUGCUCAUAAGUGGAGCGGAGGCCUUUCAUAUGAGGAGAUGAAAAGCAAGCUGGGUGAUAUUUCGCAAAUCACUGUGAAUCUCAACAACACAAACCUGAAUAAGAAGACAGGAGGAGGUGGCGGGAGCUACAGCGCUCCUGGAGGUCCAAGAAAUAUAAAGUCUCAUAAUCAGAGGAUGUCCUCCUCCAUCUCCAAUGCAUAUGUAGACCAGUCUCCCAGCAGAGCAAAGCCUUCUGGGAUGCUUCAUUCCGAGCAGCUAGUUGAAACUCCUCAACAUCAGCUGCCUCAAGGAGUGGACCCUGAAAAACGAGAGGAAUAUUUGACUGAUGCAGAAUUUGAGAAUCUCCUCGGCUGCACCCGUGACAAUUUCCAGCGGCUGCCUAAAUGGCGUCAGAACGACCUUAAAAAGAAGGCAGGGCUGUUUUGAGCUGGUUUUGCUAUAAUGAGAUACAGUCUGAUCUUCAGACCUGAUUAUUGUGCUUCAUGUGUAUUUUGGGCUAGAAGAUGGUCACCUAUAAAAUGUUAUCGAUUUAUUUAUUCAUCAAAUAAAUAAAUGUUUCGACUCAAAAGCUGACAUGACCUAAUAGAAAUGCUUUGUAAAUAUCUUACAUACAGUAGAACAUCAAAUGUAUCCCACCAAAAUAACUAUAUCAGUCGCAUACAGUAGAACAUGACUUUUAGUGCUAAUAAAAACACAAUGUAUGCCAAGAAAUGUUUCUGAGAGGUUUAAUUAAGUUUUAAUGAAUGCACUAGUUGAAUGCCACAGCAUUUUAGAGUCAGUAAAGCCAGUUCUUUCCUGUUAGGAGGAUGUCAGAACAGGACAUCAGAAACAGAUGUUGUUAUGGCUCAAUAUUGCUGAAGUAGAAGGUAACAGCCUGUGUAACAACUUUACUUUAAGGCACAUUAGAUAAGUUAAGAACAACAUAAAAAUAGAAAUAUUUCUACAAAAGGAGCAGAUCAAAGCAGCAAUACCUUAUACCAACAACAGCAAUGAAUACAAAACAAACACCUUAAAAAUAGAAAGCACCGCUACUGUUUGUAAAUGUAUAACUCUUCCUUUCUUUUACAUCAUACACUUUUGUAGUGCAACACUUUUACUGAUAACUCAAUGCACGCCUACUGUUCAGAUUCUUAUAUAAUGCGAUUAUUAUUGAUAGCUGAACAUGUUUAUCAGAAAAUAAUGGAUAGCAUGUACAGUAUUGGUAAUAUGGGGUAAACGGUUCACUGUCCAUCAUUUGUUCAUAUAAAGAACAACUGAGCAUAAGCCAACGUAAGUCACUGGAACUAGCAAAUAUCAAGCAAUAUUACUCCAGUUCAACUCCUCUCUCACAACACUGAACAAAAGGAGGGCAUUGUUAAGAUGAAAUCUCCUGUUUAACCAAGAUAUAAUUGUGACUAAGGUGAAGACUUCAUGGGAAUGUCUAGACAAAAACACUUUCACUGACAAUCAGAAACUAUAUACAAACACUGUUUAAAUACUCUGUUAAUGUAAAAAGGCAUCAGUGUAGUAUAUUUUUAAAUAUACAUUUUUUAAGACAUUAAAAUAGAAAACUGUUAGGUAAAACAUUCUCCAAUAACAAAUCUAAACUGAUUUAGACAGGAAUGACGAUGGAAUUCUUAAAAUGGAGAGAGAACAUGUGUUUUCUGAAAGUACUAGUGCUGCCAAAUCGAUUAAUUGCGAUUAAUCACAUCCGAAAUAAAAGUUAGUGUUU